GGUCAUUCUCUUGCAAGUAAAACAGAAACUAUCAUGACUGAAAAUACGAAAUUUCGUUGCUUGUGUAGUUUGUUAGUGUUGGUGAUACUCGUGGGGAAAGUUGUGCCACAGGGAUUUCAGUUUACCAACCCGAUUAGGUUUCCGUAUUCUAGUACAGGAAAUCCUUAUAUUGGGAUGUUUGUGGCCAUCGCACUACCAAUUGAUAUAAGAGGUCCGGCAGAUCUUUUCUUUUCUAUGAAUUUUGAAAGUUCGUACGCUCUACCGUCAAACCAAAGUUUACUUAAUUAUCCACCGAUAUAUGCUUCAACUCGGCAAUUAAUAUACCGGUUGCUCGAAUCAAAAAUAAAAGGAUAUGGUUAUCCUGGAAAGAAGUGCUUGCAAAGAGCAAUAUGUGAGGCAGCUGAAUACACUACAGAAAAUUAUGGCGUUCUUGGAGACAUAUUACACAUUUUGUUAACGCCAUCCACAUCCCCCAACGACACUAAUGUAGAAGAUUAUGCAAAGUCUGAGGAAUAUGGUAGAACCAAGGGGAACUGCAAAAAAUAUAAGAAAAAUUGUGGAUUAAGUAUAUUGAACUUAUUCAGUGUGAUCAAAGAUACAUAUUCUAUGUACAAUCCUCAAACCUUAAAAAAAGAAAUUUCUAUGCUGUAGUGUUUGACUUAUUAAUUACUACGUUUAUUUAGUAACAUAUUUUACGAAAUAAUGACCUGUUCAAUG